UGCCAUCGACAUUAGUUCGUCUUUUGGGUUUGGCGGCGACGUCCACGAGGUGGAAAGCAAAGGGACCUUGAAAGUGCUGUGACAAAAUGCGCAUAGAAAGGUGCUACUUCUGCUCAUCUUCCAUAUAUCCUGGACACGGGAUCCAGUUCGUACGUAAUGACUGUAAGAUAUUCCGCUUCUGCAAAUCAAAGUGUCAUAAGCUGUUUAAAAAGAAGAGGAACCCGAGGAAGACUCGGUGGACUAAGGCCUUCCGCAAGGCAGCUGGCAAGGAAUUGACGGUCGAUCCUGCUUUUGAGUUCGAGAAAAGGCGCAACACACCCAUAAAAUAUAACAGAGAACUGUGGCAGAAAACAUUGCAAGCGAUCAAGCGGGUCGAGGAAAUCAAGCACAAACGACAGUCUCACUACGUCAUGAACAGGUUAAUGAAGGGAAAAGAGCUUGAGAAGCAGCAAGAUAUCAAAGAAGUUCAGAGGGAUAUGUGUCUCAUCCGGUCCCCUGCAGCACCCCUCAAGAAAAAGGAGAAAGCAAUUGUUGAAGUCAUUCAAGAAUGUUCAGACCAGGAGAUGGACGAUUAGAGAGCCUUUACAUACCAUGUUGAUUCUGAGGACCCAUUUGACAUUAAAAUGCACUUUUACAGUA